UAACUACCAGACCCUGAGAGAGAACAGUGAGCUAGCUAGCUUGUGUGUCUGAUGGCUAAGUCUGGGAACAUGUUGGGUUGCUCCCUGCUCCUUUUAGCUUGUGUUAGUUACUCUGAUGCCCAGUGGGGAUGGUGGCCAUUUGGCAAAGAUGCCCAGGCAACUACACAGACCACAGCAACCCAGGAGAACCAGGGAUUACAGAGUACUGCUAGUGAGGCUACAGGCCUGGAGACCACCAUGGUCAUCCUGCAAGCUCACCAGGAAGGACAUGAACUUUUGAGUGUUUCAACAAGAAGCCCUGAUUCAGAAGCAGCGUCCCCAACUACAGGACCACCACCACCAGGGCCAGCGACCGUGGAGAACCUUGCUGGAGUCGGGGCUCAGAUACUGAACGUGGCUGAGGGAAUCCUCAGCUUUGUCCAAACUUGGGACCAAAAACCAACAGCAGAAACAAAAGAUGGUGCAGUAGAAGUUUCAACCUCCCCUGCUGAAGACAGAGAGGCAACAACCGAUGCACAUAAGACGGACAGGGGCACAACUUUGCCCAUUGCUAGGCAGGUUACAGAGCAACCAAAGGCCAAUUCUCUACCAACUACCAAACCUUGGGUGGAACGCCUCUUGCUUGAAAAUGGUACUACAACCCUUCAUACGAAAUCGGUGUUGGAGAAUUUACCAGAUGUUAAUUUUGAGUCGUCGGGGGAAGGGGAGAGUGGGUCCUCAAUGGGCGAGAGACAGUUUGAAGCUGGACAACUGGAAAUGGGAAACCUCACAUCUUCUUUUAGCACUAUCAGAAGUGGAGAGUUUUUGCAAGUGGGCAAUACCUCAGACUGGCGGGAUUCGGUGACCAAUGAGAGCUUGCAUGGUGGGAAAGCGGUGACGGGCUUUUUAAAGAUGCAGCUAUCCGACAAUUUAACAGACUUUGCCAAUUGGACGACUGCAGGGAAUGAUACUAGCAACAGGGAUGAUGUAGGUGUAUCCCUACUCCAGUUGAUAGGCGACCCGCCUCCGGAAGAGAUCACCAAAAUCUACGGUCCAGACAACAGCCCUGGCUAUGUAUUUGGCCCAGAUGCCAACACAGGCCAGCUGGCUCGUGCUCACCUGCCCAGCCCUUUCUACCGGGACUUCUCGCUCCUCUUCCACCUGCAGCCAACCACCCACAAGGCAGGCGUGAUCUUCUCUGUCACAGACCCCACACAGGCAUCCAUGUAUGUGGGUGUAAAGCUGUCCGCCGUCCAAGCAGGCAAGCAGAAGGUCCUCUUCUACUACACAGAGCCAGGGUCCCAGACCUCCUACCAGGCGGCAGCCUUCAAUGUUCCAUCUCUAGCCAACCGCUGGACACGCUUCGCCAUCAGCGUGGAGGGUGAAGAGGUGUUCUUCUUCUUGGAUUGUGAGGAGUCUGAAGCAACACGUUUCGAGCGUUCACCUGACGAGAUGGAGCUGGAAAGUGGAGCAGGGGUCUUUGUUGGUCAGGCUGGAGGAGCAGAUCCAGACCGAUUUGUGGGUGUUAUUGCUGAGCUCAGGGUAGUUGGAGAUCCCAGAGCUGCUGAGAGACACUGUGAUGAAGAGGGAGAUGAUUCUGAUGCUGCAUCUGGUGAUUUUGGAAGUGGAUACGAGGAGAGACCUAAAAUUGAAACGGUGACACCUCCUGCCCAGAGACCAUUGAAACAGCCCCCAGUGACAGCGCCCUCUACAGGAAGGAAGGAGAAGCUCUCACCUCAAACCAUUGCUGAGACUGCUGGAAAGCAGAUAGUUGACUCUCAAACUCAUUCUGAAGUGAAGUCCCAGCCAGGUGUCCCGGGUCAAGCUGGAAAGUUACAAAAAUCUGACACAAUGGGACCCAAAGGAGAGCGGGGGCAGAAAGGCGAUCAAGGUGAAAGAGGGCCCCAGGGCGCAAAAGGAGAGAGUGUGGUGGCUGCAGGGGGCACUGCAGGACCUCGUGGUGAGAAGGGAGAAAAUGGCAUGAAGGGAAGUGCUGGCUUUGGCUACCCCGGCAAGAAAGGAGACACCGGUGAACCUGGCCCCCCAGGACCUCCUGGUCCCCCCGGCCCGGCUGCGGAGCGGUUGGAGCGUGGAGACGGCAGUGUCGUGGAGCAGAUAGUGGGAGCCAGAGGACCUCCUGGACCAGCAGGCCCACCGGGACCCUCAGGAGCAGACGGAGAGCCUGGUGACCCUGGUGAAGAUGGCAUUGCAGGUCCUGCUGGCCCUCCUGGCUUUCCUGGAACUCCAGGGGACCCUGGUCAAAAGGGCGAGAAGGGUGACCCUGGUGAAGGCAAACCUGGACCAAGAGGACCCCCUGGCUUGCCAGGACCAGCGGCAUCACGCUCAGAGACCUUUUUUGAUAUGGAAGGUUCCGGAUUCCCUGAUCUGGACAGCAUUCGGGGACCCCAAGGGCUUCCUGGUAUUCCGGGCCCUCCUGGCCCUCCUGGCCCCCCUGCAGCCCCCAACCUGUCUUCUGGACACCAAGCUUCAAUUGGGCCACCUGGACCAAGAGGGAUUGAUGGGAAGGAUGGCAUUCCUGGUGUUCAAGGGCCCCCAGGCCCCCCAGGUCCUCCAGGAAAUAAUGGCCAACCAGGACUGGUUGGACCCAGAGGAGAAAAGGGUGAUGCAGGCGAUUUGGGACUUCCUGGAGCUGUUGGUGAAAAGGGUUCAAAGGGUGAUGUGGGCCCCCCUGGUAUUUCAGGGCAGACAGGAUUGGCUGGUCUUCCUGGACCAAUGGGACCAGUUGGACAGCCUGGCCCCCCUGGACCUCCAGGCCCAGGCUUCCCAGUGGGCUUUGAUGAUAUGGAAGGGUCAGCAUUUGGAUCAAUACAUGGUCCAGGAGUCAGAGGGCCAGAUGGACGGCCGGGUGUUCCUGGACCACCUGGUUUGCCAGGCAUACCGGGUAACAAUGGAUUGCCUGGUCUUCCAGGAGCAAAGGGAGAAGCUGGGUCUCCAGGAUUCUCAGGGGUUGAUGGACAGCCAGGGUUAGAUGGAUUCCCCGGCCUGAAAGGACCAAAGGGUGACAGAGGGGACAGCGGCGAAAGAGGCGAGCCGGGUCGAGAUGGUGUUGGAAUUCCUGGUCAGCCCGGCCUGCCCGGACCUCCUGGACGGAUCAUAUAUCAGUCAGACAACCGUGAAGGCAACAUUGCUCCAGGCAGAGAGGGAAUACAAGGUCCGCCUGGUCAUGCAGGUUUCCCAGGCCCCAGGGGGCCAAAGGGCGACAGAGGAGACACUGGACCACCAGGAUAUGGAAUAAAGGGAGAAAAGGGAGAACCUGCUGCCAUUAUUGGUCCUGAUGGAAAUAUCCUGAGCAGUGCAUUUCUUGGGGGAUUUGGGGGAGAAAAGGGUGACCCUGGAAUCCCUGGACCAGUCGGCCCUGUGGGUCCUUAUGGUCGUCCUGGCCACAAAGGUGAAAUUGGUUUACCUGGAAGGCCUGGUCGUCCUGGCAUUAAUGGAUUUAAAGGUGAAAAGGGGGAGCCAAGUGACAGCCAUAGCGGUUACGCUGUUAUCGGUCCCCCCGGCCCCCCCGGUCCCCCCGGUCCUCCCGGACAAUUAACUGAACGCUAUGACUUUAAUGAAGCUGUUCCAAGAUAUCCAGGUUUACCAGGUCCCAAGGGAGAGAGGGGCUUCCCAGGCUACACAGGAGAGAAAGGAGAGCAAGGGCAGCCUGGCCUGCCUGGCCUGCCUGGACAACCAGGUGGUCUCCCAGACUUUGAUAUUUAUGCAUUAAAGAGAGAACUGAAGGGAGAACAAGGUGACAAGGGGCUGCAGGGUGAGAAGGGAGAACCAGGCGGUGGAUACUAUGAUCCUCGUUAUUCUGCACCUCAAGCCCCCCCUGGACAGCCGGGCAGCCCUGGACUGCCGGGUCCUAAGGGUGACUCUAUCCGAGGCCCUCCUGGUCCCCAGGGACCUCCAGGAACCCCAGGGGUCGGGUACGAUGGGCGUCCAGGACAACCAGGCCCGCCUGGCCCACCCGGACCUCCAUCGCUGCCCGGAGCUUCCAGGCAGAGUAUCAGCAUUCCAGGCCCACCUGGACCCCAAGGCCCACCAGGCCCUCCCGGACACUCCUCAGGGGUUACCAUUUUGAGGACUUACCAAACAAUGGUCACCACAGCGCGAGGCCUGCCAGAAGGAACUAUGAUCUUUGUCUUGGACAAGGCAGAUAUCUAUAUCCGAGUGCGGGAUGGAUUCCGUCAAGUUCUGCUUGGGGACUACACACCAUUCUUUGGAGGCGGUGUCCUUGAAAAUGAAGUGGCCGCGGUGCAGCCACCACCGGUAGUCCAUUACUCACAAGGCCAUUCCCCCAACAGUGGGGCAGAACACAUUUCCCAGAACGAACCCGUAAACAGACAGCCAGAGCAACAACCACACUGGCCGCAUCCUCCCCACCAGCCAGACCAGGGCCACGUUGUCUACCCCAGCACCCCGGAGCGACAGCCAGCAGGGAGGAACCCAGCAAGGCCAGAAUUCGGUUAUCCCAGUUACCCCAGCCACCCCCAGCGAAGACCCAGCCAGCCUGAGAAUACACGGCCUGCAGGUCAUGAACAUGGCACAGGCCCUGCUCUCCACCUGAUAGCCCUGAAUGCUCCCCAGACUGGAGACAUGCGUGGAAUCCGUGGGGCAGACUUCCAGUGCUUCCAGCAAGCCCGAGCGGUGGGACUGACUGGCACUUUCCGUGCCUUCCUGUCUUCCAAACUCCAGGACCUCUACAGCAUUGUGCGGAGAGCCGACAGAGCCACAUUGCCCAUCAUCAAUCUCAGGGAUGAGGUCCUGUUUGAUAACUGGGAGUCUCUCUUUGAUGGGUCGGAUGCUCAGAUGAAGCCCAAUGUUGCAGUCUACUCCUUUGAUGGGCGGGAUGUUCUCAGAGACAGCACAUGGCACGAAAAGAUGGUCUGGCACGGGUCGAACAACAAGGGCCAUCGGGUGACUGACAGUUACUGCGAGACGUGGAGGACUGGCGACCGGGCCGUGACGGGCUUCGCUUCCUCCCUUCAGGCCGGCAGGCUUCUCCAGCAGCGGCCUAGCAGCUGCACCAGCUCCCACAUCGUCCUGUGUAUCGAGAACAGCUACAUCUUGCAAUCCAAAAAAUAAAGGAACCCCAACGGCAAACCUGUUGCAGAUGACAACGUACGGCUCCCUUAGCACCACCUGUGGUGUGGUGUCUGCAUUGCAGGGCAGUUUUCUAUUUUUUCCCCUACUGUAUUCAUUGAAUGCCAAAGAGCUGGGUUUUUAACAAAAAUGUGUUUCCUCCUUUAUGGGGCAUUGGCACAUAUUCCUAGGGGAAACACCAGAGUGUUUUGGCAAUUGUGGCAACUGGUAACUGUUUAAAUUGUUGUAUAUGAAAUUAUUUUUUGUUUGGUCUGUUUUUUGUCAUUUUGGUAUAUUUUUAACCACUUUUAGCUAUAUUUUUUGUAUAACAUCCAUUUUGUCCCCGAUUCAAUGACUGUAUCAUAUUGAGGCUUUGUGCAACUUUCUGGUAUUUUUUUAGAUAAAAAAAAAUGUAUUUAUUUUGAAAAAGUUGUAAUUAAUGAAACACAAACAUGGACAAUCUGAAAACCACUGAGAUUUUAAAUGAUGCAAUAUAAUUUUAUAAUGCACCUUUUCUAAAUAAAUAACUCAAUAUGCUACAGUCAUUGUCUGCUUUUAUACCACAACUAAAAAUGUAAAAGAAUAUAUCUAACUGUAUGUUAACAUGUUAAGAUUACACAUUAUUAAUGAAUGUGCAUUAAGAAAGAAUAGGUUCAGCGGGUUAAGAUUGAAGGGAGGAUGUGUUUUAAGGUUUUCCCUAAAGAGUUUGUAUAUGCCUAACCUUUAAAUCUUUUUUUUGUACAAAAAAAAUAAACAAAUGUUGACAAACAAAAGAAAAAGGUUACAGUAAGGUCAAAGGGUAUUCCUGUCAAUGCAGCCAUUUUAAAGGGAUACAGUUAAUGAAAUAAUUCUACAAAUCUUACCUGUCAUGCACUUCAUUCGACAUGUGGACCUUGUACAUUUAUAAGCAGUUUUGAAAGAACCAUGUGUUGUAGAAAGCGUGUGUUUUUAUCAAACGUAUUUAGUACCAUACUCGGUUAAAGAAAGAUAAUGGAUUAAAUUGGUCUUUGAGGUCAGAUAUGUAUGUAGCAAAGCUACAUUUAAUGUAUUACAAUACAGUGUUUAAGUAUACCGCAUGAUGAAAAUAUUAAGCAAAAUAUAGCUAUUACUGUGCCUACCCUUCUAGGUUACAGGCUUUACUCUCAUGCAUUCUGUUAGCGUUUCACCGUCUACAUUUAAUAGUAAAGCAGCAUGUUGGUUAACGACAGGAAAGAAGGCAUUUAAGAGGGGAGCAAAUGUAACUCUCCAUGGGAAAUGGCUGGCAGGCAAAUAGAACAUCUUUAAUCUAGUGUGGUACCAGAUAUAAUCGUUUUUAAAUGAAAAUACAUGUUUGAUAUAGCAUGUGUUUCUUUCAAACCAGUACCUACAGUACAUAAUUAUUUCGUUUGCUAUAACCCCUUUAAGUUUUACAGUAGUAAAAAAAAAAGAAAGAAGCCUUGUGUUGUCCACAGGAAAUGCCUAUUAGAGUGAAUGUCACGUAUUAGGGUGUAAUGAAAUGCUAACAAGUGAUUAUUUUGUAUAUGCAUAUGAGAUGCAUCAAUGGCAAACCAGAUCCAAAUGCAAAUGUAACAUGUUUAAAUAGUAAGUCACACUGAGGAAGCAAGUUUUGACAAUAAUAAUACAUUUAAUGGAAGGGAGGAUUUAUCAAUACUGUUUUUAUUAAUGCCCAUUAAAUGGUAUGCUACAUAUAAUGAAUGUUUAACGUUACCAAUCAGAAACAUCAUAUUUUAUCAUGUAUGGGGAUUUAAAUACGUUUUUAAUCCCUUAUUAAUUUUAAAAUCAGUUCUAUUUUGUUUUAAACUACUGUUGUGAUGAUCCACUCAGAAAACUAGAAAUGUAUGUUACGAAGACACUUUGUAUUUUAUUUUUUUAACCUAUGUACUCCUUUUGUUAACUACGAUUGACUGCUGUAGUGUUACCAAUAUUAUACUCUUGACUGAACCAGUAUAAACCUGCAGAUUUCCAAUCUGACUCUUGCUGUUUUUGUAACCUGUAUGUGCUGUAAACAAUUUCUCUGAAGCACUGAAUAAAGUCCAAUUGUCUUUUA